AUGGCGGCGAUCGAUGUCGUCGACGUUCGGACCGACAUGAGGCUUCAGAGGUUCGACGGUACGGACGAGAGAUGGGCAGACUGGAGCCUCAGGUUCGAGGCCUACACCGCGCUGCUCGGCAUGGAGGACCUCAUGACGGAGGCGGCCAACAGGCGCGACCCACUGGCAACGGACCAGCUGGGGGACCAGGCGAGAGCGGUCAGCCAGAGGCUCUGGCAUCUGCUGAUCACGUGGUGCGACGGCAAGUCGCUGGGUGUGGUCAAGCUCUCGAGGAAGAAUGGCCUGGAGGCGUGGCGGCAGCUCAAGAUCGAGUAUGAGAGCAAGUCGGGCAACAGGUGGACGGCCAUGCUGCGCUUCAUCCUGAACCCUCAGGACAAGUGGGCGAAGGAUCGGGAGUCGGGCAUCGACUUCUUUCAGUCUCUCACGGCGUGGGAGGCCAUCGUCGCAGAGUACGUGGACCAGAGCGGCGAGGCGGUCUCGGACAACGUUCGGGUCAGCGUGCUGCUAGAGCACGCGCCAGAGCCGUACCGCGAGGUCCUUCGGCAGGCGCCGGAGGAGGUGAAGCUCACGUUCGCAGCGGCACGGAGUCACAUCAGGGGCUACUACAAUCAAGGGCGGACGUUCACCCACGUCCCAGACACUGGCGGGGUCGUGCCGAUGCAGGUGGAUGCAGUUCGAGUUGGACCGCAUGGCGGCAAGUCGCACGGGAAGUCUGGCAAGACAGGCAAGAUGGACAAGUCAGGGAAGGCUGGCAAGAAUGUGAAGGGCUGCAAGGACUCGAAGACGAAGUCCAAGAACCGCGACGGCAAGCAGGGCCAUGGCAAGGGCCAGUCCGACUACUUCGACGGCGAGUGUGGCUACUGCGGCAAGUGGGGCCACAAGCGGGCCGACUGCAGGAAGAAGAAGGCAGAUGAGGCCAAGAAGGAGACUGGCAACACUCGCGCGGUGCAGGGAGAUGGAUCGGCCUCGAGCUCGGGACAGCAGCAGUCCGAGGGCGGGGUCCGCGCCGCGUCGGGCUACUACGACGGCGUUCCCGACGGCUGGGUGGUUGCGGUCUCAGCGGCGACGAGCGGCCAGGUGGCGAAGGUUGGAGGCUCCAUCCUGAUCGACAGCGGCAGCGACGACCACCUGUGCAGGCACAAGUUCGUCCCAGAGGCCCCAGUCAACAGUGCGACGGAUGCCCCCAGGCUUUUCGACGUGCAGCAGCGACCGCUGCCCACAGCGGGCCUACGGGGUGUUGAGAUGACGAUGCAGGAGGGCAUCAAGGCGACGGCAGACUUCCUCGUUGCCGAUGUGAAUGACGACCUGCUGAGCAUGGGCAAGCUGCUCAGGCAGGGUUUCAGGUUCAACCUCAGUAUGGAGGACGGGCUCUACAUGACGAAGGGUCACCGCAGCGUGCAGCUCGAGUUGGAGCGGAACAGCCUUAGGCUCCCGAUCGUGUCCGCGAGCCCUGCGCCAGCGGCCCACCACUGCUGCGGCGCGGCGGACCAGCAGCAGGCAGCGACGGCACCAGUGCUCACGGCGGAGAGCUCGGUCGGCGCGAUGAGGACCAGGCUGAGGGAGCUGUUCAUGCCGAUCUACGGCACGAAGUUGGAGCUGUGGGAGCGGCUCAUUGUGGCAGAGGCGGCUGCCAGGCGCUCGGAGGCGGAGAGGCUGCACAAGCUGGCGGUGAAGGAGCAGCUCGGGAUUCAGCACGAUCCAGUCGAGCCGAAGCAGCUUCCAGUUCCGAAGGCCCCGAGCGCGGAGGAGGAGAGACAGCAUCGCCUCACGCACCUCCCUGCUGCUCCGUGGUGCGAGGAGUGUGUCAGGGCCAAAGCUCCUGAUGCACCUCACUCGCUGGUCAGGCUCGAGGACUCAGAGCAGAAGCACCCACUCAUCAGCUACGACUUCGGCUUCUGCAAGACAGCCGACGAGGAAGGGGACCUGACCAAGGUAGAGGACACCUACGCGACGAUGCUGGUGGCGUUCAGCUCUGACACUGGAGUGGUGAAGGUUAUUCCGUGUGCGUCAAAGGCAGCUUCACCAUACGCCAUUGCAGGCAUCAAGUCCUUCGUGCAGAGGCUCGAGACGGGCAAGUGCAGGCUCAGGACGGACACGGAGCAGGCGACGAAGGCCAUCAUGGACGGCGUGGUCAGCGAGCUCGCGGGCAAGGUCACGGCAGAGCUGACCCCCAAGCACAGCAGCCAGUCGAACCCAGCGGAGGCAGCGGUGAAGAUAGUCGAGGGCCAGACGAGGGUUCUUAGGCUGGACAUCGAGAAGCGCUACGACACGAAGGUGACGGCGGCCAUGCCAAUCUGGGCGUGGAUGAUGCGUCACGCUGGGUGGCUUCACGAGAGGUUCUCGAGGAGAGCUGGAGGUCAGAGCCCGCACGAGAUCGCGACAGGCACGCCGUACAAGGGCGACAUCUGCAACUUCGGCGAGACGGUGCUGUAUCGGAUUGCGCGUCCUGCGCAUCGAGGUCUCACUGGAGGUCGGCGUCUGCGUCGAGGCGAGGCUCAGUGGGGCAAAGGGAUCUGGGUCGGCAGGUCGGACGAGUCGCAGGAGCACCUGGUGAUGACGCCUCGGGGGCUUGACCGCGCACGGACGGUGCGACGGCUCCCUGAGGGAAGGCAGGCUGACAAGGAGCUCCUCAUGACGGUGACGGGGCUGCCUUGGGCUGCGAGGACGGCCCCCGAGAGGUCGAAACGCAGGCGGGCGCCUCAGCAGAUCGCGACGGAGCUACCGAGGGCAGAAGGACCUCUUCAGCCUGACGCUCCCCAGCCGCAGCAGGCAGGACAGCCAGAGGGCGGAGCAGCGCCUGCUCAGCCUCAGGCCCCGCAGCAACCACCCCCGCCGGCAGCGGCAGCGGCUCAGCAGCCGCAGCCCCCAGCACCAGAGCCGCCGGCGCCCAGGGAUGUGGCGAUGGGGGCGGCGCCCUCGCAGGCAGCGAGACGUGGGGUCUCGCCAGCAGCAGAGGUCUCCGAAGGCAAGCGAGCACGAGUUGCAGCGGUUCAUGCGCUGGAGGUUGGCAACGUGGAUGACUCGCCUGACGCGUUCUGGGAGGAGGUCUCGGAUGAGGUGGAGGACCCGACGGAUGGCAUGUUUGACGUGGACAUGCAGGAUGAGCUGGACAAGAAGCUCACCAUGGAGCACCUGCAGAGCCUCCUGGACCAUGGAGUCGGCGAGGACAUCGCCAAGUCGAAGGCGAAUGGGAUGAAGCACAUCACCACGCGCUGGGAGAGGCAAUGGAGAUGGAAGCCAGGCUUCCGCGAUGAGCUGAAGCAGCAUGUGACCUUCAGCGGCGGGGAGAUCCACGAGUACGGCAUCACCUACGAGCACCUGAAGAGGCUGAGGACGAGGUACGAGCACGGCACAGAGCUGCAGGCCAACCCGAAGUACCUCGACUACGUGGUGGAGACCCUCAACCUCGGCGGCUCCAACACGGCUCCCACUCCUGGAGUGCCAGCACACAAGGCGCUCAUGGGGAGCACUCCUACUCUCUCUCAGCAGCAGGCUGGCGUCUACCGCUCAUGCGUGGGGGCGCUGAUGUACUACGUCCAGGACAGGGCGGACUGCCAGUGCGAGGUCAGCUUGCUGGGCAGGAUGCUAUCAGGCCCCACCGUCGGCGCCUUCACUGCGCUCAAGAGGCUCGUGAGAUACCUGCUUGGGACGAGGAAUGCGGUGAACUGGCUACCGAGACCGACGGAGGGCACGAACGUGGAGCUAGUGGGCUUUGGUGACAGCGACUGGGCAGGCGACUUGCAGACGAGGAGGUCCCAGUCGAGCGGCAAGAUCGAGAUCGAUGGUGUUCCCAUGCACUCGUUCAGCAGGCGCCAGAGCAUCGUGGCCACUAGCUCGGGAGUUGCUGAGUACUAUGCGGCGACGGCGGUCGCCGAGGAUUUGCUCUACUUCAAGUCACUUCUUGAGUUCAUGGGCUUCACGGUGGCAGCCACCCUGCUGACGGAUUCGUCAGCUGCGCGAGGCAUUGCCCGACGUGAAGGAGUUGGUAAGGUGCGGAGUCUUGAGGCUCGAGUUCUUUGGCUUCAGCAGGCGAUCAAGAGGAAGCUGAUGGACCUCGGGACUGUCGGCACCGACGACAACAAAGCGGACCUGGGCACGAAGAUCCUUGGACACGAUCGCUUCGUCAAGCUCAGGACGCUCAACGGCAUCUACACGGACAUGGGCCAGGUCGCGGAGAGUGACCAUCAGUCGGAGGAGGUGGACUUCGACGUGGGGGCGGCAGCACGGGUCAGGAGCUCGAGAACUUCUACGAGCUCACUCGGUGCUAGUCGCUCGGCGGCCCUGGCUAUGAUCACGGCGGCGGCGACGCUCCUGCAGGGCUGCGAGGGCCAGGUCGCCGACCAGAGCAGCUACUACUACGACACGGAGGUCUGCUCCAGGGAUGGCAUGGCCACGAGCGACUGGACAGGUUUCCUGAUGAUGGUGGCUGUCUGGACACUGAUCGUGGCGGCCAUCAGCGGCUACGCGGGGUUCCGCUACGCCAGCAUGCGGGACUCGGACUGGGUCCUGGUCUCGCCCGAGCCCAAUGAGAUGACAGAGGAGACCACCCACACAGACAAGAUGGAGGAUCCGCUUCCAGGCGUGCCAGCCUCACUGGUUAUGAUGCGACCGAGUCAGCCUACCAGGAACGUGAGCACGCAGUCCCAGAUGACCUACAAGUGGAAGUGGGCGGAGUGGAGGCCGGGCCGGGGUGGGGGCCAGCGGCGGUGGGCGGUCCAGUGCGACCGCGACGAGCAGGGCGUCCUGACGCACUGCUGCGCACACGACAUGCGGCCGCUGCCGGGGGACGACCUCCACGGGGCCUCGCUCACCCCGGGGCCGAGCGAGCGGCCGUCUCCGGUGCGGCGGCUGUGCUCCGCGCCCGUCUCCGAAGGGUGGCGUCCGCCGCACGGGCCAGCGGUGGUGGCCGCCCCUGCCGCGAAGGAGUGGGUGCCGCAGCUGCGCCCCGAGGUUUCCCCGCCAGCGGCGGUGCCAACGCGGUGCUGGUCUUCCCGGCGAGUGCCGGCGGCGGCGGCGGGCCGACGCUUCGGCGGGUCGCGCCGCACCUGCCGGUGCAGCGCCGCGCCGCCGCGUACGCCUGCGACGCGGGCCCGAGGGUGGGCGCCGCCGCCGGCGCGCUGGCGCCCCCGCGCCUCUCUGCGGAGGCGGCCGCGGCGCGCAGGUCGCCCUCCGCGCUGCGCCGGCGUGCCACCGUGGGAGCCGGGGUGUUCUGACGCCCUGAGCCGGUCGCCGGUAGGCUUUUCCCCUUCCGAGCCGUCCGCGGGAGGUUUUUUCCCCGCCCACGUUGUUCGGAAGUCGAGCGAGCACGCGCCGCCAGCGCGAUAAUGCCCCUAGGAGCUCAGGGAAUGUCCUGAUGCAGUAGUUUGCCCAUCCCGCCCUGGGUGGCCCGGCCAGAAGGCAGCGUGGUGCCCCAACA